CGGUAUAGUUAAUAAAAGACAUUCCUCUCAAGGCAAGUGAAAGUAUGACUCCCGUUCAAACUUGUUCAUAACCGCCUCAUCGUCGGCUACGAUCAUUAGAACCCAAUAUGUCAACGUGGUAUCAGCACAAAAAGCAUUUUUUCAUUCUCAGUAGUGCCGGCAAGCCGAUUUGGACAAGAUAUGGUGACGAAUCAAGGCUAUCUUCUCUGAUGGGUGUGACCCAAGCGAUUAUUUCUUUUUUUCAGGAUGGUGACGAUACCAUAAAGUUGAUCAACGCCGGAAAUCACAAAUUUGUAUUUCUGCUCAAAGGACCUCUUUAUUUCGUAGCCGUAUCACGGACAGGUGAAUCGCACAUUCAGCUGCGAGAUCAAUUAUUAUAUCUGCAUAAUCAAAUCCUGAGUGUCCUGACCAGCCUUCAACUGACAAAGAUAUUUGAACAAAGAGUCAAUUUUGAUUUGCGACGAUUGCUUGGAGGAACCGAAGUAUUCUUGGAUAGCUUAGCAACGUUGUUCAACAAAGAUCACAGCUUCAUGUUGAGCGCACUUCAAUGUCUCCGGCUCAGUCGAUCCAUUCGUGAUCAAAUGGGAUCAAUAUUAGCGGAUAACAGGGCCAACAACCUGCUUUACGGUAUGGUCGUCGCCAAAGGUUCGCUAGUGACAUUGUUGCGCCCGAGAAAACACAGUUUACAUCCGUCAGAUCUUCAUCUACUGUUUAAUAUGCUCACGGGAUCGACGACCUUUCACACGGGUGAAUCAUGGACGCCGCUGUGUCUACCGAAAUUCAACUCUAAAGGAUUUCUCCACGCAUACAUAUGCUACAUUGAACGCGAUGUAUCCAUUGUCAUGAUCAGUACCGACAAGGACAACUUUUUCCAACUCAGUGAAUGCAAAGCAGCCAUGGUAGAGCGUAUGCGGAAGCAGAAUAUUAUUGAACCUAUCCAAAAAGCAGCUGAUACCAUGUAUGUGACAGAGGAUCUCGGCAUCAGUCAUUUGCGCCACUUUUUGUAUAAAUCCAAAGUGCAUGUUCAGUUCACAAGUCCUGGCUUUAGCGGGCCUUAUAUACAAAAGAAUGACCAGAAACGACUUUAUCGUUUAUAUCAGCAUGUCUACGACCGUAUGCAUGCAAGAGCAAGACCUUUAAAACUGUACUAUCAUGACAGUGAUAAAGAAAUUAUCCUAGGAUGGAUUACUUCCUCUUUUGAAUUAUACGUAGUCUUUGCGCCCAAUACACCCAAACCUACGAUCAUUUCACGAUCGAACCAAUUAUUGAACUGGAUUCGAAGAAACGAAGAAACAUUGUUUAUUCUCAAUUCUCCUAUUUUCUAGAAUUUCUCAUCACCCUCUUCCUUUUCACGCAAAUUCAUGAUUUCCAACUGUCCCCUGCCCUUUGUUUCGUUUUGCAACAGUUCGCUGAUCACACGGUAUUGUCCAGGAUCCACUAAUGCAAUCUAUAUCCAGAAUAAUAAUGAUUAUUAGCUUCAUCUCUUCGUCAUUAACAAAUCACUAAAUAUUACCAAUUC